AUGGAUGAAACCCCGGUCGACGAGUUGUUCGACGCCUCAGCCGCGAGCGUGACCCCGCCAGCCAACCCCCAGCCACGGCUGGUGGCGUUCAUCAUCGACCACCUGGCGUUCGUCCGCGGGAUCGGCAACAUCAAGCGGUGGUUCAACCGCGACUACCUCCACGCUAACACCGCCAACCCCGCCACUGACGGUGCCAAAACCAACCCGAUCGACCUCACGAUCUUUAUCCCGCUGUAUACGCUCCACGAGUUUGAUUACGUCAAGAAAGGGACGCUGAUGCAGGCGACAAAUGCCCGCGAAGCCAUCCGGUUUGUCGACCACUUAUUCGAGACGGAAGACGAUCUCGAUAACCCUUAUAUUCAUUACCAUUUGGCCAUCGAGUCGCUGAGAGAACAGGGCCCCGCGUGGCCCCAGUGUCUCAAGUUUAAGGUGCACACUCCCCGGGUAGGCGACUUCCCUAAUUAUAAGACGCAAUUCGAUUCCAAUUUGCUUGGCCAGUACGACGAUGACGUUAUUCAGUAUGAGAACUCGGCUCGGUACCAACACGCCCAUGCUCACGCCGAUGAGCCGGCGGAAAUGCCUCUGAGAUUACGCUACCUUAUUCGCCCUUGUAUCUAUAAACGGUUCAUUGAACUGAGACCUCCCGGGGCUGGCGAGUAUAAGUUGGUCACUGAGGACCCUAUCACCAAGAUCUGGGCCCAGCUGUUCGGUAUUGACUGUCUCAACGUCAAUGAAGCGGAAUUGCUUAUGUUUAACCAGUAUGAUAUCAGCAACGCCAACUAUGACCCUCACCGUUCACUCGGCGAUGAACCGUUGGCCCAUACCAUGCACCUGACCAUCGAUACUACUCAAUACGAGUACUCCCACGCCAAGGAGUACCACCCAAUCAAGACGAAGGGCGAUAAGAGAAAACAUAAUAAGAAAAAAGACACCACCGACGAUAAGUCUAAGGACAAGGAAACGUCUCUAUUGAAGGACAAGCCUCACUCCAAGGAGAAACACCGCAAACCACGUAAGGUGCGCCAACCGAUUCGUGAUGUUGUCAACGAGAAUGGCGACGAAAUCAAGCGGGAACGGUUUGAUGUGAUUAACUACGCCCCGCGCGGCCAAGGCAUGCUCUGGAAGCCAUAG